AUGGAUGCGGCCAGAUACGCCGAUAUGUUUGCUGAUAAUGUCUACGUUUUGGAAGGUGGUAUAUAUGAUCAUGAGGAUGAUUUAUUACAUCGAUUAGCAAACGAUAUCAAGAUAUAUUUGAUGAAAAAUAUAGAUAUUCAUAAACAGAAAGCAGAAGAUUGCAAAGCUCAUGCAGACGAAAUAGUUCGCGAACUUGGACAGAUGAGACGAGAACAGUAUACAUACUAUUAUAAUCGUCACACAAAUGAAGAAGAACCAGUUGGUGCACCACCCUCAGAUUAG